AUGGCCGACGUCCUGUUGCCGACGGCAACUCCUCUGGAGAAGGAUGCCGCUCAGCGGUUGGAGGGCCCCAUCCACGCCGAGAGGCACGUCCGUGUCGUGUGCAUCGGAGCCGGCGCCUCCGGCCUCCUCUUUGCAUACAAGAUGCAGAAGCACUUCAACAACUUCAGCCUGACCGUCUACGAGAAGAACCCAGAAGUUGCCGGCACGUGGUACGAGAACAAGUACCCCGGCUGUGCCUGCGACGUGCCCUCGCACAACUACACCUGGAGCUUCGAGCCCAAGCUCGACUGGUCCGCCGUCUACCCGCCGGCCAACGAGAUCUUUGACUACUUUGACGGCUUUGCCAACAAGUACCAGCUCAAGAAGUACAUCAAGACCCGCCACCAGGUCAUCGGCGCCUACUGGGACCACAACAUCGGCGGCUACGACGUCAAGAUCCGCGACCUCGCCAACGGCGUCAUCGUCAGCGACCACUGCGACAUCCUCAUCAACGCCAGCGGCAUCCUCAACAACUGGAAGUGGCCCGCCAUCCCCGGCCUCAACAAGUACAAGGGCACCCUGCUGCACACGGCAAACUGGGACGACAGCGUCUCCCUCGAGGGCAAACACGUCGGUCUGAUCGGCAACGGCUCUUCCGGCAUCCAAGUCCUCCCCGCUAUCCGGGAAAAGUGCAAGAAGGUGACCACCUUCAUCCGCGAGCCCACCUGGGUCUCGCCCGUCCAGGGCCUCGAGCAGCACAAGUUCUCCGACCAGGAGAAGAGCGAGUUCGCCAGCAAGCCCGGCGCCCUGACCGAGUACCGCAAGGGCAUCGAGACGGGCCUCAACGCCCAGUUCGGCAUCUUCCUCAAGGACAACGCCAUCAACAAGGACACCACCGAGUACAUGAUGGCCCAGAUGAAGGAGAAGCUGGGCAACGCCUACCUCGAGGGCAAGCUGAUCCCGGACUGGGCCGUCGGCUGCCGCCGCCUGACCCCCGGCGUCAACUACCUCGAGUCGCUGACCAAGCCCAACGUCGAGGUCGUCUACGGCGAGAUCAGCGAGGUCACCGAGAAGGGCUGCCUCUGCGACAACGGCCAGGAGUACCCCGUCGACGUGCUCAUCUGCGCCACCGGCUUCGACACCUCCUUCAAGCCGCGCUUCCCCGUCGUCAACCCGGCCGGCGAGAACCUGCAGGACAAGUGGGCCGCCGACCCGGAGUCGUACCUCGGCCUCGCCGCCGACGGCUACCCCAACUACUUCAUCUUCCUCGGGCCCAACUGCCCCAUCGGCAACGGGCCCGUGCUGUGCGCCAUCGAGGCCCAGGCCGACUGGAUCUGCAAGGUCAUCGACCACUUCCAGGUGCACAACAUCGCCACCGUCGCGCCCACGCGCGCCGCCGUCAAGGACUUUGUCGCCUACAAGGACUGGUUCAUGCGGCGCACCGUCUGGGCCGACCCCUGCCGCUCGUGGUACAAGUCCCGGCCCGACGGGCCCAUCGUCGCCCUGUGGCCCGGCAGCGCGCUGCACUACAUCGAGGCCGUCAAGGAGCUGCGCCUCGAGGACCUCGACGUCCGCUACGUCGGCAACCGCUUCGCGUGGCUCGGCAACGGCUACUCGCAGACCGAGCUCGACGACACGGCCGACUGGGCGUACUACAUCCGCGAGCGCGACGACGACGCGCCGCUGACGACGGGCGGCCGGCGCAAGGUGCUGACCAAGAGCGGCACCGUGGCCAAGAGGACGGCCGUCAGCUGGAGCGGGAAGGAGGAGGCGAGGCUAUAG